AUGACAGACGAAAUAUUGAGAUUGAUGGAUAUGAGAAGAGAAUAUCGACAUAAGGACAUGGUUAGAUACAACAAAGAGAAAUUACAAAGAGAAAUUAAACGGAAAAUACGACUGGCGAAUGAGAAGUGGUUUUCUGAUAAGCGUAUUGAAAUUGAAAAACUCCAGCGAAAGCAUGACAACUUUAAUCUGCACAGGAAGGUAAAGAAAGAUAAGGAAGAGAGGUUUAUUUUCGAAGAUUGUAAAAAGUUGGAGAGAUGGAAAGAAUAUAUAGAAGACCUAUUUAAUGACUCCAGAAUAGAUGUAGGAUUAGAGAGAGUACAGAAUGGCCCGUCAAUAACGAUGAAAGAAAUAGAACGUGCUAUAAAAACAGCCAAGACAAGGAAAGCAGUGAGACUAGAUAAAAUCCCAACCGAAAUUCUGAAGCUCCUUGACGUAGAGGGAAAGAGGCGCUUGUGGCGUUUAUUUAAUGAGAUAUACGAGGCAGAUAUAAUACCGGAGAUGAUACCUUUCGAUUGGUUAUUGUCAACGUUUAUGGCGCUACCUAAGAAGAAUAUACAACAAAUUAGAGGAACAUAUAAGCCAAACCCAAUUCGAAUUCCGGAACAACUUAGGAAUCAAAGAGAUUUUAUUCAGCAUGCAGAUUUUGAGAAGACAUUUGACAGGAUCCAACAUGAUAAGCUGAUAGAAAUUCUUAAGAACAAGAUAAACGAUAAAGAUCUUCGUAUCAUAAAGAACUUAUAUUGGAAUCAGAGUGCAAACGUGAGAUUAGGCCAAAGUCGCUCAGAAGAUAUUGAAAUUAAGAGAGGCGUAAGACAGGGGUAUAUAUUGAAAACCAUCUUUGAGAAAGCGCUGAGUGACUUGCCUGUUGGAGUGAAGGUAAAUGAAAUGCCUGUGAAUAACUUAAGAUACGCGGAUGACUGUAUUGAUUGCAUUACCCCAGGGGAACUUCAAUGCCUCAUUAAGAAAGUAACAAAGGCGUAUAAUGAAUAUGAGUUAAAGUUGAAUACAGCAAAGACUAAAGUCAUGGUCAUCAAUAAAACACCGCAAAUCUUCUGCUCAUAA